AUGACAAAACAUUUUACAAAUGAAGAAAAAACACAAAUGAUUGCUUUAUAUGAAGCUAAUGUUGAUAAAAUUGAAAUAUUAAAAAAGUUUAAUAUCAAUAAUUCAACAUUAUUUAGAGUAAUUAAAGGAUAUCAUGAAUAUGGCAAUUUUGACAGAAAACGUGGUUCAGGAAGAGAUGUAUUGUUAAAUAAUCAUACAGUGGAUUAUUUGAAAUUAAAAGUAAGUAAAAAUCUAAAAUAUGGAUUUAAUAAAUUUAAAGAGGAAAUAAAAAAAGAUUUAAAUUUAAAAGUUUCUGUAAGAAUUAUAAGAAGAAAGUUAUCUCAGGUAGAUUUAAAGGUAUAUAAGUCACUGAAAAAACCAUUACUGAGCAAAAUAAAUAUUUUGGAAAAUUUUAAUUUUUCCUAA